GGGAGGGGGCGGGCGAGGAAGCCGGGGGCGGGCGAGGAAGCCGAGGCAAGACCCGCAGCCCUGAGAGGCAGAGAAGGAAACCGCCCCUGGCCAGAGACCGCCCCCCGCGACGCCCCAGGGAGACCCCCUGCAGGGGCCGGGGCAGAGAGACGUCUUCAGGCCAGACACCUUGGAGACCAAUACCCCGGGGAGCUUUCUCCACCCCGACGGAGAGCGCCUCCCAGGGCGGGACGAGGACAGACCGUCAGAAGACAACGCCCCCCAGGCCGCCUGGGAGACCCCAGAGCGACCCCGGGGGCAACAGAGGCCGUUUGCGGGCCUGGGCGACCUCUCUCGCUGUUUGGGGGCGAUGGGGACACAGGCUCCUCAGGGACUCCUCCUCCUUUUUUUGCUUCCACUGCUGCCGCCAGGCGGAGCCUCAGCGGGAAGCCUGCACAGCCCAGGCCUUUCCGAGUGCUUCCAGGUGAAUGGUGCCGACUACCGGGGCCACCAGAACCGCACCGGCCCCCGUGGGGCCGGCCGCCCGUGCCUCUACUGGGACCAGACGCAGCAGCACAGCUACAGCAGCGCCAGCGACCCCCAAGGCCGCUGGGGGCUGGGCGCGCACAACUUCUGUCGUAACCCAGACGGUGAUGUGCAGCCAUGGUGUUAUGUGGCAGAGACGGAGGAGGGCAUCUACUGGCGCUACUGUGAUAUCCCCACGUGUCAUAUGCCUGGGUACCUGGGCUGCUUCAUGGACUCAGGGGCACCCCCGGCCCUCAGCGGCCCCAGCGGCACCUCAACAAAGCUCACGGUCCAGGUGUGCCUUCGCUUCUGCCGCAUGAAGGGCUACAAGUUGGCGGGCGUGGAGGCUGGCUAUGCCUGUUUCUGUGGCUCCGAAAGUGACCUGGCCCGGGGACGCCCAGCUCCGGCCACCGACUGUGACCAGAUCUGCUUCGGCCACCCAGGCCAGCUGUGUGGUGGCGAUGGGCGUCUGGGCAUCUAUGAAGUGUCGGUGGGCUCCUGCCAGGGGAACUGGACGGCACCUCAGGGCGUCGUCUACUCCCCGGACUUCCCGGACGAGUACGGACCAGACCGGAACUGCAGCUGGGCGCUGGGUCCGCCGGGCGCCGCGCUGGAGCUCACCUUCCGCCUCUUCGAGCUGGCCGACCCGCGCGACCGGCUGGAGCUGCGCGACGCCGCCUCCGGGAACUUGCUCCGCGCUUUCGACGGCGCCCGCCCGCCGCCGCCCGGGCCGUUGCGCCUGCGCGCCGCCGCGCUGCUGCUCACCUUCCGCAGCGAUGCGCGCGGCCACGCGCAGGGCUUCGCGCUCACCUACCGCGGUGAGGCCCGCCCCGUCCCCCCUCGGCCCACUCCCCCGCCUACCUGCCUCACACCCCUCUCCGCAGGGCUGCAGGAUGCUGCGGACGACCCGGCGCCCCCCAAGGGCUCGGCCCAGACCCCCGCAGUGCCCCUCGAGGCCAACGUGAGCUGCAGCCCCCGGCCUAGGGCUCCAGAGGCCGCGAUGGGGGCCUGGGUCUUCUCGUCGGUGACGGCCGUCUCAGUGCUGCUGCUGCUGCUGCUGUGGCUGCUGCGCCUGCUGCGCGGACGGACCUGCCUGCUGGCUCCCGGUAAAGAGCCCCCAGCGUUGGGGCCCUCCCGGGGCCCCGCAAGAAGCUGGGCCGUUUGGUACCGCAGGCCUCAAGGGGUGGCCCUGCCCUCUCCUCCUGGGGACCCCCAGGUUGAGAGUCUGACGGCGAGUUACCGGCCUCUGAGCGCCUCCAGCCAGAGUUCCCUGCGCUCACUCAUCUCUGCUCUCUGACUCAGGACUCUCAGGGUCCUCUGGACCCUCCUCCAGCGGGAUGGACUCCUGCCACAUUCUGUCUACCUUGGCCUUUUGCUCCAUUGAGGGCAGCUCGGCCUCUAGUCCUUUCUGAGAGACCGCGAUGUUGAACAUGAAGCAUUUGGUGCUGUUACUGGGAAUUGGGCCUGACUCUCGGGGGGUCCAGAUGGUCAAGGCCAAAGGGCAAGAGGAAUAUGGCUGCUUUCCUCAUAAACCUCGAUAUGGGGGCCUUUGAGCCCCUCUUGGGGAGGUUCUGGACUGCUGCCCCAAGUGAACUCUGAAAGGUCAACAAAAGUGGUCAAAAGCCAUUGACUUUGAAUAAAGAACCUAUUUUGGUACAGA